AUGCCGCCCUCCCCUGAAGGAAGAAAAAGGGGUGUUUCCUCCUCGCCAUCCCUCUCCUCCCCUCUUCUCCCCUUUCCUUCCAUCUCCUCGCCUCUCCUUCCAUCUCUCUCUAUCACAACACUCGUUUUCUUCUCACAUUCCUGCCUAAGAACCUCUUCCCUCCUCUCCUCCUCCCUCCUCGCGGCUUCCUUCCUCUCCUCCUCCCUCCUUGCGGCUUCCUUACUCUCAUCCUCCCUCCUUGCCGCUUCCUUCCUCUCCUCCUCCCUCCUCGCGACUUGCUUCCUCUCCUCCUCCCUUCUUUCCGCUUCCUUCCUCUCCUCCUCCCUCCUCGCUGCUUCCUUCCUCUCCUCCCUCCUCGCGGCUUCCUUCCUCUCCUCCUCCCUCCUCGCGGCUUCCUUCCUCUCCUCCUCCCUUCUUGCCGCUUCCUUCCUCUCCUCCUCCCUCCUCGCCGCUUCCUUCCUCACCUCCUCCCUCCUCGCGGCUUGCUUCCUCUCCUCCUCCCUUCUUGCCGCUUCCUUCCUCUCCUCCUCCCUCCUCUUCCUCUCCUCCUCCCUCCUCGCCGCUUCCUUCCUCUCCUCCUCCCUCCUCGCCGCUUCUUUCCUCUCCUCCUCCCUUCUUGCCGCUUCCUUCCUCUCCUCCUCCCUCCUCUUCCUCUCCUCCUCCCUCCUCGCUGCUUCCUCCCUCUCCUCCUCCCUCCUCGCGGCUUCCUUCCUCUCCUCCUCCCUCCUCGCCGCUUCCUUCCUCUCCUCCUCCCUUCUUGCCGCUUCCUUCCUCUCCUCCUCCCUCCUCUUCAUCUCCUCCUCCCUCCUCGCCGCUUCUUUCCUCUCCUCCUCCCUCCUCGCGGCUUGCUUCCUCUCCUCCUCCCUUAUUGCCGCUUCCUUCCUCUCCUCCUCCCUCCUCGCUGCUUGCUUCCUCUCCUCCUCCCUCCUCGCCUCUUCCCUCCUUUCCUCUCCCCUCCUUUUCUCCUCCCUCCUCGCCUUUUCCUUUCUCACCUUUUCUCUCCUCGCCGCUUCCCUCCUCUCCUCCUCCUUCCUCUCCUCCUCCCUCCUCGCCGCUUCCUUCCUCUCCUCCUCCCUCCUCGCCGCUUCCUUCAUCUCCUCCUCCCUUCUUGCCGCUUCCUUCCUCUCCUCCUCCCUCCUCUCCGCUUCCCUCCUCUCCCACACCCUCCUCGCGGCUCCCUUCCACCACUCCUCCCUCCUCGCUUCUUCCCUCCUCUCCUCUCCCCUCCUUUCCUCCUCUUCCCUCUCCUUCCCUCUCACUGCCUCUUCUUCCCUCUCCUCCCUAACCACCAGUCCUUCGUUUGAGAGCAGUGGGGAUGAGAGCAUGGGAGCUGGUGAUUGGGGAGGGGAGGGCGGGGAAGCGAACAGGCAGAGGAGAAUCAAGUUACACCAAUUGGAUUGUAACGCUGUUUCCGUGGAUGAUACACCAUAUCAUCUCCGCACUUGA